AUGUUUAGACCUCAUUUAAUAUCAUCAAUUACUUUUACCCCUGAUGAUGAUAAUAAUGAAAAAAUAUUGGGCAUAGUAUCUAUAAGCUCUAAUAGAUCAGUAGCUGUCACUUCCAUGGGUCAUAUUUUAGCUUAUGAUAACGAAAAACUAUUACAAACAUACAAAAAUAUACUGGUGAAUAAAAUCGAUAAUAUUAGUUUCAAUGUAAACGAUAUGAAGUAUAGUUUUGCUUUAUCUACCAUUUUUAUUCAAUUAGAUAAAUCAAUUGAACUUUUAUCUUCAAGUAAUUUUAAUCAUUAUGAUACCAUACUUGAUAAGGGGGGUUUUCAAACAAAAUUAUUUUUAUUCGAGCAACAACAGGUAUCACAUAACAAUAAAAACGAUAAAUAUGAUGAUAUUGACGAUAUUGUCCACAAGGGGAAAAAGUUGUUGUGUUACGCAACUAAGCAAAACGGUAAUUUUGUACUUUUAAAAUGUUUCAUAUGGAACGAGAAAAAUAAUUUUGAAAGAUUCUUGGAAAAAAAUAUAGUAAUUAAUCAUGGAGAUGAAGUUGUUAGAGAUUUCAAUUUCUACAAUAAUAAAAUUUAUGUUGCAACCACCCAUAAUGCCUAUGUUUGGGAUAUUUUGGGUCCGUAUCAAACGCCCAUAAAAAUAAAUAAUUUUUAUAAGAAAAAAUGGUUUAACAUUAUCGAUACAAUACUGAGAGAAGAACAACUCAUACAAAAAAAUGGAUAUAAAAACACAAAUCAAAUAAGUUUAGCAGAUGAUAUUGAUACAAAUAAUGAUAUAUUAUCCACAUACACUCGUUCAGUGAUUAAUGAACAAUCUUCUGUAACAAGUAUCAAAUCUAAAAGUUCAUGGUUUCAAUCAUGGUUUCCAAGCAUGAACUCAACAAAUAUUAUCUAUCCAAACAUGAGAUUCAUCGAAAAAUACAAGAAACGACAAUACUUUUACAAAUUCUACAAGUCAUCUCUGGAUGAAAAAUUGUAUUUGAUAACUUAUAAUGGGAAAGUUUAUCAGCUUUCUAACAAUGUUAAAGAAAAUCGACACAACAACGCUAAAGUCCCAAGUUUACUGGAAAUAAAUGAAUAUUCCCCCGUAUUAAUACAAGCUUUACCUCUAUGGAAUUCAUAUCCAUUAGUCGACUUGAACUUCUUUUAUUGCUACGAUUCCAAAGUCGUAACAAUUUACCAUCCUAUAUAUGGAUACACCUAUGGUCAAUUAUUUUUGGACAGCGAUGACGAUUCAAUUGAAUUGGUACACAAUAUAGAUGAGCAUAUAAUAAUUAAAACCAAAAACAACAGUAUAAAAGUAUAUUCCAUAUCCGUAGACGAUUGCAACGAUUGCGAUAUUUAUGAUGAUAGUUUAGUGUCUUAUCAAGAAAGGAUGGUGUUUUGGGAUACAGUACUGUUUGAUGAAUCGUGUAGAAGACAUGAAAAGGAACAUGAUAAUGCAAACUUUUUUCGAAAUCAACUGUUAAAAUCAAGAGACAUUUCUGUGGUUUGGGGCUUAAAAUGUCUAGAUCAUGUAAUUAACUUCAAAAACAAUUUAUUAUUGCAAAAAUAUUGUGUAUCUCAGAUAUUUGAUGUUUUCGUUAAUUUUUUAGCGCCUCCUGAUCUAAUAAUUCCCUAUAUUAAUAUGUUAUCUGGGAACUUGAACCGUGCUUAUGUGAUUCCAUAUUUUAUAGAGAUUAGAAGAUAUUUACAAAACUUACAAGACAAAAAUUGGGAUAAAUGUCUUUGGAAGAAUUUGAAAAUUGAUACGGAUUUUUUUACAAUUGAACAGUCGCAACUAAAAGAUGAUUUGUUUUUCAAUCACCGCCAAAAUAUCAGCACAAAAGGAAAUAAAGAAAGUAGCCUGGAACAACUACUAAUUUUGGUAGACACUACCUUAUUUGAAUUAUAUCUAAGAACAAGUCCCUCUUUGUUAGGUCCAUUUUUAAGAUUACACAAUAUGUGCGAUGCUGACGUUGUAGUGAAAGAAUUGACUGAAAAACAUAAAUUCCAAGAAUUGAUAAAUUUUUAUUUUACAAGGAAAGAUCAUGAAAGAGCUUUAUAUUUUAUAACUCAUCUGAACGAUUAUGUUCCCAAUGUUCCCCUCGAUGUCAUUGUAGAAUUAACAUUCAGUUAUAUAAGACAGUUGACAAACGAAAAUAUAAAUGUUAUUUUCAAGUAUUUGAAUUGGAUUUUUGAACAGGAUUGGCAGGAUAAAUCUACCAAGGAUCUGGUGGAAACAAUAUUUUUCCAGGAUACUACUCAAUUUGAUAAUUUAAAAGUUUUCGAAUACAUUGUCAGUAUGGAUACUGAGCUGGGGUAUCUAUAUUUAGAAUAUUGUAUUGAUACCUUGGCAUGUAAAAACCCAGAAAUUUAUUCCAAGCUAAUUACUUAUUAUUUAAAGAAUCUAACGCCUUUAAAUUUGAAGAAAGUACAUGCAUUGGUGGAAACAAAGCCUUAUUAUGAAUCUUUUGAACUAUUAAGUUUGUUGGACGACAAAUUAAAUACUGCUUCCAAAAAAUUAACCGAUAACGAAAAAAAAAUAUUGACGCAUUGUAAAACCUUUGCAUUAAAAAAGAUGGGUGAUCAUAAGGCGGCACUAAAAAUUCUAAUUACCGAUUUGAAUAAUUACCCAAUGGCCAAACAGUAUUGUGAAUCUGUUAUUAAAAGUGGUGAUGGAAGUGACGAUACAUCAGUCUUAACUGAUUUUGUUGACGUAUUGAAAAAGGAACCCAACCAUAAUAAAUUUUUAUUAUUCUUGCAAGAUUUUGCAGUAUACUGUACCCCCUCCUUUCUAGUAAAUUUAAUUCCAUUAGAUAUCUCAAUUAAUGCUAUUAGCAAAUAUUUGCUCGAGAAUGUAAUAUUAAAACAAAAAAUGUUGUUAAAUGAUGAAAGAUUGAAGAAAUCCAUGUACAAAGUUAGUUUAAUUGAUAAAGAUUACAAAUUAUUGGAGAAAAAGGCUGAAUACUUUAUAAUUCCUGAGCACUCAAAAUGUGUUGUUUGUAAGAAACCGGUAUCUAUAAGCAGGGUUCCAGAUGGCAUUUUCCAAGGUUUUACUCUAAAUGGCAAAAAUGUUGUUGUCCAUUUCAAUUGCGGUAAUUUGCUAGCCAAAAAAUUAAAAAAUAAUAAACAGGUUAAAAAAUUAUCAACUCUAGGCAAUAAAUGA